UCUUCUGGCAGCCUGCCAUUGCGCCUAUCAGCUGUUCAAAAUCCCAUAAUGUGUGAGUGCUGCCAAGUUUUGAAACGUCCUCAUGGGCGCGCUUCACUUAAGUUUCACAUCUUAUUAUCUAUGGUAUUUAGUUUGUGUUGAUAUUCGAAAUGGACAAGUGCACCGAAGAUAAGCAAUUCAUAUUGAAAUUCAUUGAAAAUUAUCAAUGUUUACCAGCAUUGUGGAAUGCAAAAGUAGAAGCAUAUUGUGAUCGCGAGGAAAAGGCGAAACAGUAUGAAAUUUUAUUGGAAAUAUACAAAGAGCGGUACCCGAGUGCAACAGUAGAAGAUGUAAAAAAAAAAAUUAAUGUUUUGCGGACAAAUUUGCAGCGUGAAAAACAACGUCUUGCUGAAAUAAGCAGAAGUGGCGCAGGUUCCGAGGAAUCACUGGAGACAAAUCUUUUUUACUAUGAUGAAAUGGAGUUCUUAAGCGACAUGGAAACCCCAUGCUCAUCAAAGAGUAGCACUGGUAGUAAGAAUCUGUUAACGGCCACGAGAAGAAAAGAAGCAAAGAGGAAGCCAGAUGCUGCUGAAGCCUUGGUGGAAAUCGCCACAAAGCGGUUUUCAUCAAAAGAUAGAAAUAAAACAACAGUUAUUACGGAUUCAUGGGCAGUAAAAUUAGAGCGGAUGGCUCCUAAUCAAAGAAUUCUCUGUGAAAAAUUCGUAGAGGACAUACUGUUUGAGGGCCAGAUGGGAACAUUACACAGAAAUUCCCUACAAAUAAAUGCAGGAUACCAUCCAAUACCCUCAGCAACCAGCCACACGGGCGCACCAACACCAACAUCCAGAAGCAAUAAUUCCACACCACUGGAAUUCCACAGCCAUAGCAGCAAUAGUUCAAACAAUGACAGUGAAUCGUAAGAAUCGAUUUCACAAUUCUUCUCCACAUUUACCGAUUCUUAAAUAUUAUAGUAGUCAUAUCCUCAU